AACUCAUAAAGGAUGUAUUUAGAAUCAAUUUCCUUCAUUAGAAAUGUACAUUCUCCGGAGUCGGUCUGUUAAUGCUUCCAAUAGGGAAAGCAGGCUCAGUGGGGACACGGGUGGAUUCUGACUAAUAGCCGACGGUCCUCUGAGUAAAUGGGUUCGGUGAACUGAAGUGACACGCGGAGGCACUUCCAGGAGUUGUCAUUCGAGCAGGGGCACAGAUUGGAGCGGACACGCCCCGCCGGGAGCAGAGCGCUGGCCCGCGGGGCUCGGCCGGCCGGGCCAAGAGGUGCAGGAAGCGCCCGGUGGCCCGCGGCGGGGAAGGCCCCGGGCGGCAGCGGCGCCCCCGCCCCGCGCGCGGAGCCCCUGAUUGGGUCCAGCCCCUCGCGGCCCCUGCGGGCGGCUCCCCGCGCGCGUGGCCAGCCCCGCCAGGCGCCCGCGGCCCAGCUCUGCGCCCCAGGAUUUAAAGCCGGCAAGUUUUGAUCUGGAGAGACAUGCCUCGGGCUCCGUGGCCGGGAGCAGAGCUGACGCCCCUCUGGGGGAGUCCCACGAGCGUGGCCUGAAGCUCCCAGGGAAAGAAGGAAUCCUUCAGUCAACAGCUCUGUGCCUCUCCUAAGUACUACCUGGCUCAACCACCCUCAGCAUCCGUCCGGCUACAUAUACAUAUUUCCCAGCUGUGCUCUUGGGCCAUUGUGCUAGGGUACCUGACCCACCCCAGUGUGCUUAGAGUCCCUAGGGCUGUACCCAGUGGUACUUGGGGGGACCGUGUGGUGCUGUGAAUGACACCCAGGCUGCACGUAACUGUCCCCGAAUGGAGCCUGUGGCGUAGCUGCAGGAGGCGGUGGCUGAGCGCAGUGGAGGAUGAGGUCAGCGAGGAGACGUCCUUGUGUGUUGGAUCCUCAUCGACAGCGUGCCCCAUUCCUUUGCAGCCCCAGAGAAGUGGGAUUCAGGGAAAGUGCUCGGUGAGAGAAGCAGCUCCUUUUGACAUUUUGAUGGCCAGCAUGGAUUAAGAUGGACAGCUCUUCAGCACGCACCGUUCUAGGGGUCCAGAGAAGGCAGCACCUGUUCUAUACUGGCCCUCAAUAAAUGAACACUAACCCAAAUGGAUGUCAGAAGGUUUUUCAGUGGCAGAAGAGUGAAAAAAUGGCAGUUUCUUCAGUUAUCUGCCACCUGCUUUAUCCUGAGUGUCAUGGUGUUCUGGGGGCCCGUGAAUAAAGACCUGAUGAAUCACAUGAAGUCCUAUUCUUACAGAUACCUCAUCAAUAGCUAUGACUUUGUGAAUAACUCUCUCUCACUCAAGCACAGUCUGGACGGGGCCCCCCGGUACCCGUACUUGAUUAACCACGAGGACAAAUGUCAGAGGCAAGACGUCCUCCUUUUACUCUUUGUAAAAACGGCGCCGGAAAACUACCAACGCCGAAUAGCCAUCAGAAAAACGUGGGGCAAUGAGAAGUACAUUCAAGAACAAUUCAACGCCAACAUCAAAACUCUGUUUGCCUUAGGAGCGCCUGCCCACCCACAGACGAGGGAAGAACUCCAGGCGAAACUGGUUUGGGAAGAUCACAUCUACCACGAUAUCAUCCAGCAAGACUUUGCUGAUACUUUUUACAAUCUCACGGUGAAAUUACUCCUGCAGUUCAGCUGGGCCAACAGUUACUGUCCACACGCCAAAUUCUUUAUGACUGCGGAUGAUGACAUCUUUAUUCACAUGCCAAAUCUGGUCGAAUACCUUCAGAGUUUGGAACAAAUAGGCGUUCAAGACUUUUGGAUAGGCCGAGUUCACCGGGGAGCGCCACCCAUUCGGAACAAAAAAAGCAAGUACUACGUUUCCUACGAAAUGUACCAGUGGCCCGCCUACCCCGACUACACGGCCGGCGCGGCCUAUGUCAUCUCCAAUGACGUUACCACCAGAGUCUACGAGGCAUCGCAGACACUGAACUCCAGCCUGUACAUUGACGAUGUGUUCAUGGGCCUCUGUGCCAAUAAAAUGGGCAUUGUACCCCAGAACCACGUGUUUUUCUCUGGGGAAGGGAAGACCCCUUAUCACCCCUGCAUCUAUGAGAAAAUGAUGACAUCUCAUGGACACGUCCAAGACCUGCACAGCCUUUGGAAGGCUGCCACCGACCCUAAAGUCAAAACUGUUUCGAAAGGUUUAUACGGUCAAAUCUAUUGCCGAUUAAUUAAGAUCGCGCUCCUUUGCAGAUUGACCUAUGUGGAUACUUACCCCUGCAGCGCCGCCUUUUUGUAACAGUACUUGAAUGUUAAAUGUUUCCACUGUCACUGAGCCAGAAUGGAAUGAAACCCCUUGAAAUGAAAUGUCUAACCCCCCCCUAGUGAAAUGAACAGUGAAAGCCGUAGACAUGUGGGGUCCAAGUCCUGCCUAUCUAAAUGUCUCUUUGAUUCUGAAAGCUUGGCCGGGUAACUCUGUUGGAGCGUUUGCUGAAAUUUAUAUCUAAAUAUAAAUUUUCCAGAGAUUUCUAAAAACCAAAGUCAAGGGAAAUUUCAUGUUCUCACCUAAUGCCACACACACCUUUGAAGAGUGAUACCUGGGUAAGACAGUAACUGCUUUGAGGAAAAUUGCAUGACGGUAGAGUCAAACGUUUCAAAGAAAGGAAAAUGUGAGAACCAGAGGAACACAUUUGUGUUUAUUAGUGGGCACUGGACAAAGGUGCUGGGGACAGGUGAGGAUCAGCAUUGGGGAAAGUCUGUGAAUCAAGUUAAAAAAAAAAAAUUCUCUUGGUCUUCAGAGGAGAUUUUAAAAAACACACACAAUUUCAUUGUAAACAACCAAAUCACUUGCUGUCCCAUCUCUGUAGUUAUUUUACCUAGUGUUGACGUCAUUAAAAUUUUUUUCAAAGUUUAAUUAGAAAUUUGAGAAUUCAUUAGGUCUGCCCUAACUGGCACUUUAUAUGGUGAUUGAUUUUUAUUUUAGAAUAUUAUGCAAUGACACCAAACAUGGAUAAUUUAUUACCCAUAGGGUCCCUCUGUAGGGAGGAGUGAUUGUUAAUUCUUAUAGGAUGAUUUUAAUAUAAUAAAUUUUUCAGCUGGUUUUUAAAUAUUCAUUAUUGGUCUACUUAGAAGACGAUUUUUUUAAAUGUAGUUUGUCUAGAAAACUAUAAUAUGGAGGCUUUAAGAGAAGAGAUAGAACAUUCAAAGCCUCUUUCUGCCUACUUUAUAAAACAAAAUCCUUAGUAUGUAAAUUAUCACAGCAAUUACUAACCUUAGCUCAGCCUUACCCAGCAAAGCCUCAUAAAUCACAGGACUUGGUUCCAUUUUCGGAUUUUUAGAAUUGAAAGUAUUAAUCCUCAAAUCAAAGCGAGAGGUCCUUUAAGAAUCUAUUACCUUGACAAAACAACUAUCAUAGAUGAAAUCUAAGAUUUCAGUAUUUUAAACUUGAAAACCAAAUGAAAGUGAUUGAAAAAAGUCACCAAAAUGAGAUUCCAGACAUUUGUAAAACUGCAUAUUUCUUGUAUUCAAAGAGGUAUGACUAAAAUCUAAAAAACCAAAACAACCAAAAAACUGGUUACGUUUCUUACACCGAACAGGAUCAAACUGGCCAGGAUGCAAACAACCUUCCUUCACCCCAGGAAGAAUGAGGUAAUCGUUAGGGAGAUGACAUGAAGGCCAAAAUAGUGGCCAGUAAAAAUUAUUGGACCAAUUAGAAAACUUUUUUUCUAGAAGGCAUGUCUCAUUUUUUAAAAAAAUUAUUAUUAUCAUUAUUUUUUGGUGCUGUGGUUCAAACCCAAAAUCUCCUACAGUGUAAAGCAUGUGCUGUACAAUUUGGUCUUACCACCAUUCAUCCAAGAUGUGUCAUGGAGUACAGUAACUGAAAUAUAUUUUGUUGGGGUUUUUUCCCGCCCCCAAAGAAAACUGAAAAGGAUUUCUCAGUAUAUAAAACUGGAUGAAAUUCCUAGGCCUAUAACUUCUUUGCAGGUAGUUUUUCAUGUUUACAGGAUAUUUUUGUUCAUUUUCUCUUCUAUUUUGAACAUUGAACCUUGUUUACAUUGAUUACUCAGACAACUUAGAAUUUUUAAUGAGUGUCAAAAUUAUAGCAUCCAGCAUUCUGGUUUGUUAGCUACUUUCAGAGGAGAUUUGGGGGUUUUAUGGUCAUUAGAUUCCAGAUUGUCUGACCAAUGAAAAAUAAUAUAGAAAUCAAAAGCACCUUUUGACAAAACAGGUUUAUAGUUGAUCUGAUUGGUUGACCUCUUAAUAGUCAUUGCUCGUGCCAUGUGCUGCCUCACUAUAUUUGUCAUUGUGUAAAUUUAUCACUGGUUGAAAACUUCAUCGUCUCUCCGACUACCAAAAUGAUCUUGUUUACAGCAAUACUUUUGUGAAACAGUUAUUUAUUUGAGAAACUGCUCUCCUUCAUGAUGUUCCUUUUCCAUUUUUUUGUUUUGGAUAGAAGGGAACAGGUUUAAUGUGAAGGAAAUAUGAAAGCACUUCCUUUCUUCGAUCAGAAGGAAGCUGCUAGAAGCUUCCUUCACUAGACUUACUGUACUCAGAUGAGUAUUUAUAAAUCCGGAGGAUUCCAGCCUUUUAAAAGGGAAAGAAAAAACUUUUUUGGUGCUCCAAUGCAGGGCUGUCUUUUUGCAAUCAGUAACAAAGGGAAAAUCAACAAUCAGCCUGGAUGGUCACUUGUGUGUAGAAGAUGGUUGUACAGUGUUAUUGCUUUUAAAAAAAAAAGUUUUUUACCUCUUGGUUGGUUUGCAUCUUUUUUCCAUAUUAUUAAUUUUAUAUCAAAAUGUUAACUAUUUAUAUUAUGGAAUUUUGCUCUUAUAUGGCAAAAUAAUUAGUGAGUUUUUAAAAAUAAAUCUAUGAUUUCCAAUAAACAACUUAAUUGUCGGCAGA